AGUGCGACCGUCGGCACCAUCGAGGUGCGCAGCCUCGUCGAGCCGUUGCGCAAGAUCAUCGCUCGCGUCUCGGGCCACUUCCUCAACGCUCGCGCCGUCGACGUCGACUUUUCCGCGCGCCUGCUCGAGGUCGCGUGCAAGGACGAGGACAACUUCUACGUCCCGUACGACAAGCUCGUCAUCGCGUGCGGCUCGGUCAACUCGACCCACGGCGUGCCCGGCCUCGAGCACUGCUUCCAGCUCAAGACGGUUCAGGACGCCCAGGCCAUCCGCCGUCGCGUCAUGGACAACCUCGAGAAGGCCGCCCUGCCCUCGACCGACCACGACGAGCGCAAAAAGCUCCUCAGCUUUGUCGUCUGCGGCGGCGGGCCCACCGGCGUCGAGUUCGCGAGCGAGCUGUGGGAGAUGGUUAACGAGGACGUCACCGCCUACAUGCCUCAAGUUCUCCGAGACAACCUCAGCGUCCACAUCAUCCAGUCGCGCGACCACAUCCUCAACACGUACGCCGAGAAGAUCUCCGAGUACGCCGAGGAGCGCUUCCGCCGCAACGAGAUCGACCUCAUCACCAACGCCCGCGUCAAGGAGGUCCACGGCGACAAGGUCGUCUACACGGUCAAGGACCCCAAGACGGGCGCGACGAGCGAGAAGGAGAUCGACUGCGGCUUCACCCUCUGGAGCACUGGCAUCGCCAUGAACCCGUUCACGCAGCGCGUCGCGUCGCUCCUCCCGAACCAGUACCACAAGCACGCGCUCGAGGUCGACUCGCACCUGCGCGUCCUCGGCGCGCCCCUCGGCACCGUGUACGCCCUCGGCGACUGCGCGACGAUCGAGACGCGCCUCGUCGACCACCUGCUCGAGUUUGUCGAGCGCUGCGACGAGGACAAGAACGGCGAGAUCGACCGCAAGGAGUUUGAAAAGAUGAUGGGCUACGUCAAGCGCAAGUUCCCGGCGUCCGAGAAGCACUUCAACAAGAUCCAGGACAUCUUUGAGCAGUACAAGCGCGGCAACGGCACCCUCGGCAUGAACGAGCUCGCCGACCUCUUCAUCAACGUCUCGAAGAAGAUCACGGCGCUCCCAGCGACGGCCCAGGUCGCGUCGCAGCAGGGCGCCUACCUCGGCAAGAAGUUUGCCAAGAUCGGCCGCCAGGAGCUCGACGAGACGGCGCUGCGCAACGGCGUGUACGACGACCCGGACGACAUGCUCGCCGAGCCCUUCAAGUACACGCACCUCGGCUCGCUCGCAUACAUUGGCAACGCUGCCGUGUUCGACCUCGGACCCUUCUCGUUCGCCGGCGACCUGUGGGCGGCCUACCUGUGGCGGUGCGCCUACCUGAACGAGGCUGUGAGCCUGCGUCAACGCUGCAUGUUCCUCAUCAACUGGAUCCAGCGUUCGCUCUUUGGCCGCGACUUGAGCAAGGUGCGUCCUCCUCCCUCUCGCCUCCUCUCUCGUUCUCCUUCGUCGCUCACUGUCACCUCGUGCCCGCAGUUCUGA